AGCGCUGAGGUUUCCAUAAAUCCUGGGAUCCAGAAAGAAGAGAAGGCGGCCGUGGAGAAACGCAGUCAACAGGUGCUGGCGGCUCUGAAAAAGCUGAACAUCGAGGCCAAUGAGGCCCCGGUCAUUGCCGUGCUGUGCUCCGGUGGGGGGCUGCGGGCCCACAUCGCCUGCCUGGGGGUCCUGAGUGAGCUCCAAGAACAAGGCCUGUUGGAUGCUGUCACAUACCUGGCAGGGGUCUCAGGGUCCACCUGGGCGAUGUCCUCGUUCUACAGUAACCAGGGUAACACGAAAGACACGGAGGAUGACCUGAGACGUCGGUUCGACCAGAGGGAGUGGGACCUGAACCAUAGCAUGUCCAGAACCAUCCAGGCGGCGAAGGAGGACACUUACUCCCUGACCGACUUUUGGGCCUACAUGGUGGUCACCAAACAGACCCGAGAACUGCAGGAAUGCCGCCUGUCCAGCAUGCAGCAGCCUGUGGACGAAGGAAGGCUGCCCUACCCGCUGUUUGCAGCCAUCGAUGGUGACUUUCAAACCGCCUGGAAGAAGAGGAAAUCCCAGAAGACCUGGUUUGAGUUCACGCCUCACCACGCCGGCUACCCUGCGCUCGGGGCCUACGUCUCCACCACCCACUUUGGAAGCAGAUUUGAGAACGGGAAACUGAUCGCAGCUAAGCCUGAGCGAGACUUGGCCUUCCUGAAAGGUUUAUGGGGAAGCGCUCUAGCCAGCAUGGAGUCCAUUAAGGAGUUCCUUCUGGAUAAGUUACAUAAAUUGAAAGCAAGCUUGAGUCCGAAGUAUGAGAUCAGAGAAGAAACCUUGAGGAGCCUGCAAUACAGCGAACCCAUUCACGCCGGUUACACAGAAAAGGCACUGGCAAUGGAAGGAACCUUGAGAUUAGACUAUGAGAUCAGAGAAGAAACCUUGAGGAGCCUGGCAUACAACGAGUCCGGUCACGUCAGUCACACAGGGUGGGAGUUGGAGGAGGCUCUGCUGGAUCUGCUGCUGGCCUACGUCCAGGAUCCCGGCUCCAGCAGCGUCAUCGACAGGCUCCAGGCCCUGCAGCUGCAGCUGAAGAUCGCGAGGGGAGGUCGAGAGGAUGAGCCCGAACACACCUGGCUGGCCGAGAUGAUCCGGCACUGGAGCAGCAUCCCCCCGGCAGAGCAGGGCCAGUUCCUGGAAUACCUGGUGUACUGCUUCACGAGAGAAGAGGAGCCCCCCGUAGGCAGUGAGAGGAGUGGCCCAAUAAUGCAGGGGCUCCUCGAAUACAAUCCGAUGAGCACCGUGAAGAACAUCUUCAAGUUUGUCACAGAGUCUUGCUGUUUUAUGGCGAAAACUACAUUGUGCUUUGUCAAGUGGGAAUGGGGGACCAUCCACAACUUCCUGUACAGACAUGGUGCCAUCGCCGACAAGACCAUGCACAGCCGGGAGCUCCUGCACCUGGUGGAUGCGGGCUUUGCCAUCAACACCCCCUACCCGCUCGUGCUGCCCCCCUCGCGUGAGGCUCAGCUCAUCCUCUCCUUUGACUUCAGCGCCGGCGAUCCUUUCGAGACCAUCAGGGCUACGGCCGACUACUGCCACCGCCACAAGAUCGCCUUCCCCCCCGUGGAGGAGGCCACGCUGAAGAAGUGGGCCAAAGCCCCUGGCAGCUGCUAUGUCCUGAGAGGGGACGCCGGGCCUGUCGUGAUGCACUUUCCCCUGUUCAACACGGACGCCUGUGGAGAUGAAAUUCAGAAAUGGGUCAGCACGUACGGCACCAUCAAGCUGGCCGACACCUACACCUUGGAGCUGGUGACCCAGCUGCUGGAGUUGUCCAAGAAGAACGUGAGGAUGAACACGGAGCGUAUCCUCCAAGAGAUGGAAAAGGCGGCCAGUGCCAAGGAGCCCCUGGCAAGGUUCCGGUCCCACUGCAUAGAGGACGUGAUGAGGCACUCUUUGGUGAAAGUGGCGGGGGUCGUGGCGGAGGACAUGAGGGAGGACAUGAUGGAGGACGAGAUGGAGCACGUGGCGGAGGACAUCACGGGCUCCCGGGCCGUGGGCAUCGAGAUCACCAACAACACAGACGAGACGUUCACAGACCCCGUGUUCUACUGCCAGAGCGGCCAUGCCCGGGAGGCCCCACCCCCCGUGCUGGCUCCCAAGCACACCGUCAGCUGCUCCUUCACGAAGGCGAGCGCCAGCUUCCAGGGCAGCGCGGGCCUGCUGGUCUACCAGGGCAGGGCUGCCCACCUGGCCCUCCUGUUCUCCGUUCCCUUCAGCUACGCCCUGCACAGCAUUGAGUUUGCCGUGGCCGUCCUGGCCGGGCCGGUCUCCACCGCCUCUCUGGAGCACGUGUUCCACAGCAUCAUGCAGGGAACGUCCCCGGAGCUGAAGGUGGCCAGAUGCGCCCUGAAGACCCCCCAGAACACCCUGCAGCUGGAGCACGACUCUCUGACCCUCAGGGCCGUCGUCUCCAACGUCCGCACGGCCAGAAUGAAAGUGGUGGUGGAGCGCAAGGCUUGCCUUGCACACCCACCCACACCACAGUCCUAG